AUGACGGCGCGUCUGGGCCUUGAAUUCCUGAUCGCUGCUGUGGCCGCUUUCGUUGUGACUGUCCUGGAUACGUCCGAGUUUUCAGAAGCGAUCACGUUUCCGUUUCUGAAGGAUUUCACGUUGAACCUCGGACUGGUUUUCAUUCCGUUUGCGGCAUUUGUAAUGGUGGGUGCAGGCAAUGCUGUAAACCUGACCGACGGGCUUGAUGGCCUCGCGAUCGUCCCGGUGAUGAUCGCCUGUGCAUCCUUCGGUCUGAUUGCCUACCUGUCCGGCAAUGCUGUUUUUGCGAGUUACCUUCAGAUCCAUCAUGUCUCGGGACCCGGAGAGCUUGCCGUCAUUUGCGGUGCUGUGAUCGGGGCAGGUCUCGGGUUUCUGUGGUUCAAUGCACCGCCGGCCGCCAUCUUCAUGGGUGAUACCGGGUCCCUGGCACUUGGUGGCAUGAUCGGCGCUAUCGCGGUCGCCACGAAACAUGAAAUCGUUCUCGCGAUCAUCGGUGGCCUUUUUGUUCUGGAGGCGGUGUCGGUCAUCGUGCAGGUGAUUUCGUUCAAGCUGACCGGCAAACGGGUCUUCCGGAUGGCGCCGAUCCAUCACCAUUUUGAAAUCAUGGGGUGGACGGAAAGCCAGGUAGUCCGAAUGAUACCCAUCACCACAUUUGAAGGCAGGAAAGUCGCAUUGUUCGGGCUCGGGGGCUCCGGACUGGCGACUGCCCGUGCCUUGAAAGCGGGUGGUGCGGAUGUGGUGUGUUACGACGACAAUGAUGCGCGCGUGCAGCAGGCAGCCUCCGAGGGGCUGACAACGCUGGAUCUUCGCAAUCUGGACUGGGAUGGCGUUGAGGCGCUCGUGCUUGCUCCCGGUGUCCCGCUGACGAAUCCGAUUCCCCACUGGACCGUGGAUCUUGCCCGCGAUGCCGCUGUUGAGAUUGUCGGCGAUGUCGAAUUGUUCUGCCGCGAGCGGCGCAAGCAAUGUGCAACUGCGCCGCUGAUCGCAAUUACCGGCACCAACGGCAAGUCGACGACGACCGCACUUGUGGCGCAUCUGUUGAAGGAGCUCGGGCUGGAUGUUCAGGUCGGUGGCAACAUCGGCACACCCGUGCUCGAUCUGGAACCGCUGCAGCCGGGGCGCCACUACGUCGUCGAGUGCUCCUCCUACCAGAUCGACCUGGCACCAACGCUCGACCCGAGCGUCGGGAUCCACAUGAACCUGUCACCCGAUCACCUUGACCGGCACGGCACGAUGGAAAAUUACGCAGCAAUCAAGGAACGGCUUGUUGCAGGAUCCAGGGUGGCUGUCGUCGGUGUCGAUGACGGGCUGUCGUCUGCGAUCGCCGAUCGACUUGAACUGGCGCACAAGCCCGUUUGCAGGAUCGCCGGAGAACGGGAGUUGACCAGCGGGAUCUAUGCCCGUUUUGGCAGGCUUUACGAAGCGCACAACGGCAGUCAGUCGGAAGUCGCUUUGCUGGGUGGCAUCGACAGUCUGCGCGGUGAUCACAAUGGUCAAAAUGCAGCCGCUGCCUUUGCGACGCUCAGGGCACUGGAACUGCCGGCUGACAGGAUUGCUGCGGCCAUGAAGACAUUCCCCGGCCUUCAUCACCGCAUGGAAAUCGUUGCAAAACGUGGACGGAUCCUGUUCGUCAACGAUUCGAAAGCGACAAAUGCGGAGGCCGCCGGCCGCGCGCUUUCCAGUUUCGACAGGAUUUACUGGAUCGCCGGCGGCCGCGCCAAAGCGGGUGGGAUUGCGGUGCUCGACGAGUAUUUCCCGAAGAUCGCAAAGACCUUUUUGAUCGGAGAAGCAGCGGAAGCGUUCUCAAAGACGCUGGAGGGCCGCGUCCCGUUCAAGAUCAGCGGCACGCUGCCCGAGGCGGUGAUCGAUGCCGCCGGGGAGGCUGCAGAAGAUGGCGCGGAUGAAAUUGCGAUCCUGCUUUCACCGGCCUGUGCGAGCUUCGAUCAAUAUCCGAAUUUUGAACUGCGGGGCGCUGCUUUUGUAGAUGCGGUGCGUGCCUUGCCUGAUGCUGGUAACACUCAGGAGGCACUGGUUCUUAUUCCCGCCGUUGCAGUCAUGUUGGCAGGCUCGCUGAUGCCACCGCGCCUGGUCCGGCGCGCGGCGUUGAUCCUCUUUGUGGUUUCGCUCGUCCUGCUGGUCGCGACGCUGUUUCUCGGAUUUGAAGCCAAGGGUGCCAGGCGCUGGAUUUACAUUGCCGGAUUUUCGUUGCAGCCGUCGGAAUUCCUGAAACCCGCCUUCGUGGUACUGAUCGCGUUUUUGCUUUCAGAAAGCGGCCGCCGCCGUGAAGUUCCAGGCGUCCUGUUUGCAUUCGUGCUUUUCGCCGUCUGCGCAGCUUUGCUGAUUGCCCAGCCUGAUUUCGGACAGACAAUGCUGCUUGGUCUCGUCUGGGCAGGGCUUUUCUUCCUGAACGGCAUUUCGUGGCUGAUCAUCGUUGCGCUUGGGCUGAUCGGCAUUUUAGGUCUUUUGGCGGCCUACGCUUUCCUGCCGCACGUGACCAAUCGAGUGGACAGGUUUCUUGAUCCCAGUUCGGGCGACACCUUCCAGGAAUUCGGAGUUGUCAUCUGCCUGGUGCUUGUUUCAAUCUUUGCCUUCAUUGUGCUUCGCGGGCUCAACCAUGCAGGCCGGGACCAGGAUGCAUUCAGCCGCCUGGCGACGGCAGGUACGGUACCGCCUUUCCCGCCCGCAAGGACCGGUCUGAACCUGUUCCUGGGCACGCUCCAGGCAAGAGCUGGGAUAAAAUCCUUGAAACCCAGCGUUGUUGCCGGCUUCGGUGGUUAUCCGACUUUCCCGCCGAUGUACGCCGCACGCCUGACGGGAACACCGUCAAUCCUGCAUGAGGCCAAUGGCGUCAUGGGCCGGGCAAACAAGAUGCUGGCCAAGGGAGUUACGGCAAUUGCGACCAGCAUACCGCUGGAAAACCUGCCUUCGGACCUUGCCGCCAAGCAGGUGGAAACCGGUAACCCGGUCCGCGAUGCCGUUCUGGAAGCUGCCGGUCAGCCCUAUGCAGCGCCAGUUGAAGGUGGAGAAUUCAAUCUUCUGGUCUUCGGUGGGUCACAGGGCGCACGGUUUUUUUCCGAUCUCCUGCCGCCGGCAAUGGACCUGAUGCCGAAUGAGGUUCGAAGCCGCCUGACUGUUGUGCAGCAAUGCCGCGCCGAAGACCUGGAACGCGUCAAGUCGGCCUAUGACACGUCGGGAAUCAAGGCGGAAUGCGCGCUGGCCGACGAAAUCACCCGAUUGAUGAAUGCGCCGGACACGCUGGCAAAGGCCGCGGAAAAUGCAAACAGCGUUGCCAGGCCGGAUGCCGUCAAGCGCCUCGCGGACCUUGUUGAACAGGUCCAGGGAUCCGACAUGGCCGAAAACGCCAAUGUCCAGCGCCUGAGGUCGCACGGAAUUUCUGUCGCGGUAGGGCACGCGCCUGAAAACCUCGGCGAUGCGGAAGUGUUGGUGGUUUCCUCCGCGAUCAGGAAGGACAACCCCGAACUGGUCGCCGCGCGCGAAAAACUGAUCCCUGUCGUACGCCGUGCCGAAAUGCUGGCUGAACUGAUGCGCUUCAAGCAGGCGAUUGCGGUCGGCGGCACGCACGGCAAAACGACGACGACAUCCCUGGUGGCGGCGCUGCUUGAUGCGGGAAGUCUUGACCCGACCGUGAUCAACGGUGGCAUCAUCAACGCAUAUGGCACCAACGCGCGAAUGGGGGGCGGAGACUGGAUGGUCGUCGAGGCCGAUGAAAGCGACGGAACUUUCGUCAAGCUUCCGGCCGAUAUUGCAAUUGUCACCAAUAUAGAUCCGGAGCAUCUCGACCACUAUGGGGACUUUGACGGUGUAAAGGCUGCUUUCCGGCAAUUCGUUGAAAAUGUUCCCUUUUACGGAUUCGCGGUGAUGUGUCUGGAUCAUCCGGAGGUUCAGACCAUGAUCGGAACGAUCGAGGAUCGACGGGUGGUGACAUAUGGCACCAAUCCGCAAGCUGAUGUUCGUUUCACCGACGUAUCGAUGGAUGGUGGCAAGUCCAAAUUCUCGGUUGCCAUCCGGGACCGCCGAACGGACGAGGUGGUUGAACUGAAAGAUCUUGUCCUUCCGAUGCCAGGUCUUCACAACGUUUCCAAUGCGACGGCGGCAAUUGCAGUGGCAUCGCAACUGGGGGUCGGACCGGAAGACCUGAAAAAAGGUAUUUCGGAUUUCGGUGGCGUCAAACGCCGUUUUACGCACACGGGAACUGCCAACGGCGUGCAGAUCUUCGAUGAUUACGCUCACCAUCCGGUGGAGAUCAAGGCGGUUCUUCACGCCGCUCGCGAGUCAACCACGGGCAAGGUCAUUGCGGUGAUGCAGCCUCACAGGUACACGCGUCUUCACAGCCUUUUCGAUGACUUUUCCAACUGUUUCAACGACGCGGAUUCGGUCAUCAUCGCGCCCGUCUACGAAGCCGGUGAGCAACCGAUCGAAGGUGCGAGCCACAGGGAUCUGGUCUCUGGCAUGAAGACCAGGGGACACCGGCAGGUGCAGUCGAUUGACGGGCCGGAAGAACUGCCUGCCUUGAUAAAGGAACUGGCCGAGCCGGGAGAUUUCGUCAUUUGUCUGGGGGCCGGCAACAUCACGCAAUGGGCCUAUGCACUCCCGAAACUGCCUGGUGAUGUGCCGGUGCUGCCGGUCGGGCUGGGAUCGAAUCUCCUGAUCCGCGACGGCGGCAUGGAAGGUGUCGUCAUACGACUGAGCGCGAAGGGCUUCGGGGAGAUCGAAGAUCUGGGCCGGAAUCGCCUCAGGGCGGGGGCGGCCGUUCCGGACAAGCGGCUUGCGGAGGCUGCAGCCAGGGCGGGUCUCGGCGGCUUUGCGUUUUACACAGGAAUUCCGGGGGGUCUCGGCGGCGCCCUUCGCAUGAAUGCAGGCGCGCACGGCACCGAAACCCGCGAGCGCAUGGUGGAAUUGACAGCCCUGGACCGAGAGGGGAACAGGCACGUGCUGUCCAACGCGGAUAUGGGAUAUGCCUACAGACACUCCUCGGCGCCCGGGGAUCUGAUUUUCACAUCGGCGACUUUUGAGGGAAAUCCGCACGACGAAACGGCAAUCAGGCAGGAAAUGGCCGACGUUGUCGCACACCGGGAGAAGUCUCAGCCGAUCCGGGAAAAGACGGGGGGGUCAACUUUCAAGAAUCCUCCAGGAACAUCGGCCUGGAAGGAAAUUGAUGCAGCUGGCUGCCGCGGACUGCAGGUCGGUGGCGCGCAGAUGUCCGAAAUGCACUGCAACUUCAUGAUCAACACCGGCGAGGAUUGCGCCGAUGCGCUCGAAGAAGCCGGUUACAAGGUGACGCGCAUUGACGUGAACCGGAAUGUCUCCUCGGUCCUUGAGAAGCUGAAACCGGACGUGGCGUUUAACGCGUUGCACGGUGUGAUGGCAUCCAGCCUUGCCAUGAACAAGGUGAAGGCCAAACCGGUUCUACAGGCUGCCGGGGUCCCGGUGACGGAAGACAUCGUCGUGAAUCGCCACGACAUCCAGUCGGAUUGGCCCUACCCGGAUGUCCUGAUGUGCGAGAAGUUCAUCGAUGGCCGUGAGCUGACCUGCGCCGUGAUGGACGACAGGCCGAGCUGGCCCCGCGCGGGCGUGGUGUUUCGCGUUUGCACCGGCAGCCGGUCUGGCGCUCGGCCGGACGCCUUGCCCAUCUUCCACGCUGGCGGCCACGGCCGGAUUGUCUCCGAUGCGCUGCUGUCGGCAGCUGGCUUCGGCAUCGAGGCUGUUAAACUUUCCGGUCAGCGUGAAAUCAACGAAUUCCAGAUCCUUGAGGCACUUGAGAUUCACGAAGGCACGUCGCUUGCCCUGUUUGAUGCGCCCGGUGCGCGUAAGCGGUUGAACGAGAUGGCCUGGGUCAAGAGCGCCUCGGUGAUGAAACUUUAUCCGAGCACGCUGCAGAUCAAGAUCGAAGAGCGGAUACCAUAUGCGCUUUGGCAGCGCGGCGACCUGGUUUCAAUUGUAAACGAAGCCGGCGACGUGAUCACCGACGAUGUCGACGGGCGCUACGCCAACCUGCUGCUCGUUGUCAAUCAUGGUGCACAACGCCGCGCGGCAGAGAUCAAUGCGGCUCUGGAAAAAGUACCUGAACUGCGUCCACGGGUGCGGGCCGCGUUUCUGGUCAGCAACCGGCGAUGGGAUCUACAGCUUGAAAAUGGAAUUUCUGUGCGCCUUCCGGAACAAAACAUUAAUGCAGCCCUCACGGAUCUCGUGGAGAUGGAUGAGGACAGCGGUUUGUUGUCGAGAGAUAUCGUUGCCAUCGACAUGCGACUGGCGGACAGGGUUACCGUGCGCCUGUCCGACGAGGCUGCAGAGCAGCGCAAGAUCAUGACCGGAGGCCGCAACCGGUCGGGCAAGAAGGAGCAGAUGCGGCCUUUGCCGAGCAGACGCUCCGUCAUCAUGUCGGUUCUCGAUGUGGGGUCGACCAAGAUCUGCUGCCUGAUUGCAAAACUGGUGCCGCAGGAAGAAAACUCGAUUCUGUCGAGCCGGUCGCACAAGGUUGAAGUCCUCGGCUAUGGCUAUCAGCGCUCGCGCGGCAUCAAGUCCGGCGUCGUCGUCGACAUGGACGCAGCCGAGCAGGCGAUCCGGAUGGCAGUCGACAGUGCGGAGCGCAUGGCCGGUGUCACGGUUGAAUCGCUGAUCGCCAAUAUCAGCUGCGGACGGCUGCAGAGUGAAAUCUACAGCGCCAAUGUGCCGCUUGCCGGCGACAGUGUAUCGGAAGCGGAUAUUCAAAGGGUGCUCUCGGCCGGAUCGAGCCACUCGGUUACGGACGGGCGGGCUGUCACGCACGCGCUGCCGAUAUCCUAUUCACUGGACGGCAGCCGGGGCAUUCGCGAUCCGCGCGGCAUGAUGGGGCACAAGCUCGGUGUCGACAUGCAGGUCGUGACCGCUGAAAACCCGCCGGUUCGAAACCUCGAACUGUGCAUCAACCGGGGACACCUGCACGUGGAAACGAUGGUGGCCACACCAUUUGCAAGUGGUCUGUCCACCGUGGUCGACGACGAGGCCGAACUGGGUGUUGCCUGCAUCGACAUGGGUGGCGGCACCACGACACUGUCGGUCUUUGUUGACGGUCACAUGGUUCACCUCGAUGCGAUUGCAGUCGGCGGCAAUCAUGUGACAACAGACAUUGCCCGUGCUUUUGCAACGCGCCUGCAGGACGCAGAGCGCCUGAAAACACUUUAUGGCUCACCGCUGGCAUCCAGUUCGGACGAAAGGGACCUGCUGACGGUCCCUCCGCUGGAAAGCGAUGGCGAUCUGCCAAAUCAAAUCCCCCGCUCGGCGCUGACCAGGGUCAUCCGUCCGCGUGUGGAAGAAAUCCUUGAACUCGUAAGAGAUCGCCUUACCGCGUCCGGCUUUGCAGGCCGGGUCGGCAAGCAGAUCGUGCUGACAGGGGGCGCCAGUCAGCUCACGGGUCUUGGAGAGGUUGCGCGUCACAUUUUGGGGCGCAACGUCCGUCUUGGCCGGCCUUUAGGCGUUGCCGGUCUUCCCGAGGCUGCCAAAG